AUGCCAUCCAUGCAACAGGCGGAGGCCGGGGUGGAGCAAAGGAGAAACGGGCCUUGGAUCAAGAUGAAUCCCACGGCUGAGCGGGUGCUCACCGGCGGUGUGCGUUCGAUGUCCCUGGGGAGCCCCAGGUCUCCGCCGCUCUCCUACGGGAGCAUCGUCACCGUGCUUAGCAUCGAGGGGGGCGGCGUGCGUGGAUCAUCCCCGGCACCAUCCUCACCUUCUUCAACCAUCGUCGCCAGUAGCGGUGCUACGAGCAUCCAUCCCAAUCCCCACGACCGACGCGGGCGGCGAUUGCCAUUCCGGUCGGCCGUUUCUCCUGCAACUCGUGGAGAGACCACGACCCGGGCGGAGCGCCGUCGAGCCUCGCGUUGGAGGCCGGAGAAGGCUGCGCCAGAGGACUCCGGGGAGGGCGUGCCGGCCCGAUUGGGCACAGGCGAAGACGCCCACGGCCAGUCGGCCGCACCACUGGCGGCAAGAGGAUCUCCCGCCUCGCUCGUCCUCGGAGUAGGAGUCAUCGGGGAGGUGGGUGCCGGGUACGACGCCGUUGGAAGCGCCAUUCGUGAGCCCGAGCGCCGCUGGGCUCCAUGUGUCAGCGUCGGGGCCGGGUCGCCUCUGCGCCCGUGGGGGCAAGGCCGAUGGUCGAGCACGGGGUGUGCCGGGAGGAGCAGCGCCGGGGCCAGGAUGCCGUUGCGCCAGAUGCUCGUCGCUUGUGCGACGGAUCACGCGGCCGAGGGCGGUCUCCCACCAUUGGACGCCGAUGAGGCACCUUGCCCAUGGGGCCCGAGGGUUCGACCGCCGUCGUUCUUCGCGACGAGACUGUCCCUCAUAGAGGAAACAAAGGAAUUCAUGGCCACAGCGCGCUGCAGGGACGUCGGUCCUGAGGGCGGCCACAGUAGCGGGCACCACCACGCCGACGAACACGCGAGCGAAUGAUGUUGUAGGGGGAAACGUCGCGCAGAUGGAAUCGCUCCGCCGGGAGCGUGCUGAUAACGUGUUGAAAGGGAAACGAGAGAACAAUCGAGAGAGCCUCGGCACAUAUGUAAAAGUGAAUGAGUGUCCUUUCA